ACCCAGUCGGGCGGCAAUGUUUAUUCGAGUACGAUACCUGAACGUGUUAACGUGGUUUAGCAAAACAACAAACGAAGCAAAAAAUAAAAAACAUAACGCAAGUUUGAAGUUCGAGGCGAAGGUUUGGGAAAGUGUGAUCUUUACAGAAAAUAGUGUGAUUGCAUACGGAAAGUGCAAGUGUAGCAAGCUUGGUUUGAAGAGGUCCCACUCUGGUGGUGAAGGGUGCGAAAGAAAAUAGUAUUUUUUUCUUUCUUUGUUAGGAGGGAAAAAUAUAGAAAGUGACUGGAAAGUGUUUGGUUGGCUAAAAAAGACAAGCAGAAAAAAGAAAAUCGCUAGCGGAAAACAGUUGUGGAAGUUUGAAGUUGGAACAAAGGAAACUAGUGCAUACAAGCUUUGGAGCGUUUGUGGAUCAGUUUACGGACAAUGGCGCACGGUGUAAGAGGUACCUUUUGCGUGGCACUGCUGGCGACAACCUUGCUGUCACUUUGUUCCGGUUCCGCCAUCCCCAUGUGGGAAUACCUGAGUCGGAGUGAAAAGAUGUCACACCUGUACUCGAUGUUUGCCAAACAGGUCUCCAACUAUUGCAAAGGCUCGCAAGAUAUGCCGACUAAUCUGUGCAAGCGGAACCUGCUGAUGUAUGGCAUCAACAAGCUGCAGGACAUGAACGAGUCCCACUUGGACUCGAUGGACCCCUACCAGCGGGAUGCCCAUGAUAUAAUCUGGGAUGCCAUGAUGGACGGCCACACUAAGAAUGGCAAAAAGAAGAACCAGCCCUCAACGGAGGCCCCGGCUCAGAUUGUCAGCGAUCUGAGCCGGUACGAGCACAGUCAGUACGAGCACAAUCCGCUGUUCGAUGAGCCUGCUCCGCAUCGCAAACAGGACUCCCCGUACGGUUCCGAGUACGACUCCUACAGUAACGCUGCAUCGGCUCCGGACGCACAGUAUGCCGAACCCCAGAACUAUCUUCCCUACAAUGGUGGAUUCGGUGCUCAACGAUAUCAAUAUCAGACAGCUGCAUCGAGUCACUUCGACAACCUAGCUCCGGUGGAACAAAACACAAACUACCUGUCCGGUCCGAUGGUGGUACGCUUGCGCCCGGACGGUACCCCGGUGGAUGCCCCUCAUCACAAGACACUGCCGAAGGAUGACGACAUCAAGGAGAUGACUAUUGGCAAAGAAAAAAUGCCAACCUUCCAGCAGAUCUACACCAAUCUGAAGCACAACGAAAAUGCUCACGAUCACCAUGGACUGCCGGCGUCAACAACCGAAACGAUAACCCCCCUGUCGGCCAUCGGUUUCAUCAGCUCCUAUGGGACCGAGGGCAGGCUGCUGAAUUAAAACCCGGGUGGAGGCGCUCGUAGAAUAACCUUGAUUGUGAUUUUAAUUAAGUGUUCUAACAUUACGUCUAAUGAAAACUACAGGACUCACGGUCACUCCGACAUACUUCGACCACAAAUCAGAGACCGCGAAUCAUGGGCCAUUUUAUCAAGAGCUUGCCGAAAGCUGUCGAAUCAAACCGGAAACGAAGAAAGAAGGAGAAGGAAAAUCAAACGCAUUCUCGCUAGCUAGUACAGUAAGUGAAAAGAAAACGCAUUGUUUACCAAAUUUCACGUCGACACCGACAUUCGGGUUGGCCUCUGAACAGUGCCCUCCGGUCCCAAGUGGCGUGGGAGUAGCGUACCCGCGAGCCUUGGGACCAACCAACAUCCGAGAGACAUUCAUUAAAAGCUAAUAUAUUUAUUACCAAUCAUUGUCACUCAUUCUCAUUAUAUUAGUUUUGUUUUCUGUCGUGCUGUUUGCCAGGCAGCAGUUGUAAACCGCGGUAGAGCAGGAAGAUAUAGUAAAGUAGGCGUAAGAAUCGCUUCAGACUGCGCGUCCCCCUCGCAUGGGGACUCUGGCCGUUCUGAAAGGGUUCUUCCCGAUGAAGAUUUAUAAAGCAAAAGGUUGUGAUGAAUAAGAAAACACUAGAAUACGAUGGAGACUUGUUUCUUAAAUUAUUGUUUUGUUCUGCUAGAUGCUUCAAGCAUGCUUAUUUAUGAGUAUUCUUAGAGAGCGAAUCAUAUAUGAUCACUAAUACUAAUGUCAAGGUUGACUCUAUUUUUUAUCGCUUUUGUAUCAAAUUUUGGAAGUGCAAUCGGACGGAAGUGAAGCGUGACUAGUCGCGAGUCAAGUUGGAAAGCUAAUCUUAGGAAGUUCUUCCGGAUAUAUCAGGCAGCCAAUCGGAAAUUUGGUACGAAAUCACAAGGUAUUCCAAAUUGUUUGGAAAGUUAAAGAUUUAACUAAUCUACGCUAAGAUUUAGGUUUAGUUGGAACUAGUAAGUUUACAUGCUUUGGUUGAAAAUACGAAAAAUUUUUGCUGACAAAAGAAGUAAAAUUUUCGGAAAACAACAAUACAAUUGUGGAGGUGGCUUAACAGAAUAGAAACGUCGAUUCUAUUGCUAGUUUUUUUUUAUAAGAAAAGUAUGAGCUUAAAACAAACACAAACGUAGUAAGAACCAAGCAAAUGUGAUUUAAUUGAUAUACUUCUAGAUAUGUAAGUUACUGUCGAGCAAUUAGGCAAAGUAAAAUAUACAGUUUUCACAUCUCGUUUACGCGAAAAUUCAGUAGCAAGUUGGUCAAACUGGCACAAACGAUACAAUAAGCAAUAAAUGCUAUUUAUAAAAUAA